GAGUACGGUGACGAAUAUGACAUCCCAUAUGUUAGGGCUUCCACAAAUUCAUCGAUCUACUUACGAGGCAUGUAGUACUUGAUAGGACAAAAUCAUUAGUCUUGAAGAAAAGCACCUCCUUCGAGGACGCUCUUUCUUGCAUGGGAAAACUUCUAAGGUCAAGUCUUGAAGAAGGACGUGUUUGAGGAUCAGGAUGAAUUUGGUUAAAUUAACAAUUUUAAUUUUUAUGAUCCUUACUCUACUAACUUACUAAUUACAACCUUUAUGAUCCUCACUCUACGAACUUACUAAUUACAACCGAGAAAAGGCCGUGCCAAAGUCGUUGGAGGCGUAUCAUAAGCGGAUGUCAGCAGCACGCGGGGAAAAAAACUAUGCUGGGUGUGAGGGUCAUGAAAUCCAUAGUGCAGUGAUCGCGGAGACGGAUUUGGUGGAGGCGACCUCAAGUGUGUGUUAAGGCAUCCUUCCUGAAGAUCAUCUUACAGAAGAUCAUCUUGGUUUUACAAAUUCAUCUACUUCUAGAAAGAUGAACAAUCUAUCAAUGUCUUGGUCCUCCUCCCGUUUAUCAAGAACAGGGAAUAAACGGGGGUUUAUCAAGAACAGGGAAUAAAUGGGGGUUUAUCAAGAACAGGGAAUAAACGGGGGUUUGUCAAGAACAGGGAAUAAACGGGAUUUCAUCAAGAACAGGGAAUUCAGGUGGGUUUAUCAAGAACAGGGAAUAAACGGGGGUUUGUCAAGAACAGGGAAUAAACGGGGGUUCCGUGUUUCAACUGAUGAUCAAGAUGCUUCAUCAGGGGAUGAAUUUCUGGCAGUUCUAACUGUGGCUGCCUUCUGGGCCAGUGAAUCAUAGGGAAGCUAUGCGAUUUUACGGGAAGAAACGAACGGUGGCAGACGAG